AUGGUCUCGGCCAUUCAGCUUCAACAAAGAGAAGAUUCGUGGAGAUGGAAUUCGGGGUCUAAUGUUAUGUACACAGUCAAGGAAGUCAGAAGGUGGCUCUGCAGUGAUCAAGGUAGUUCGAGUGGCGAUAUAUACAAGUGGUGUAAGUGGAUUCCGUCUAAAUGUAACGUUUUUAUGUGGCGAACUAACUUGGAUAGAAUACCUACGGCGUCUAACUUGGCGCGUAGGAAUAUUAAUAUAGGAGAGGGGUCGUGUCGUUUUUGCGGGGAAAUGGAGGAGUCAACAGAACACAUCUUCACGGCAUGCUUGUAUGCGAAUGGGUUAUGGAGUGGCUUGGUUGCUUGGAUGAAGAUCCCGCCACUGUUUUUGUUUUCUGUCCAAGACAUUCUUCGAAGUGUGGAGGAUUUGCCGAUAUCUACUACUAGGAAGGAGAUAAUCUAUGGCAUUUUGAUCAUUAUGUGUUGGAAGAUAUGGGUGAACCGGAACGAGAUAAUCUUCAGACAAGGAAAGACUAACGUUUCUAAGUUAAUAGCGGAUGUUAAGGCUAUUAGCUUUCUUUGGUUUAAUAGUAGAUCGAAACAGGAUAAGGUAGAUUGGAACAAAUGGUGUAUUUUUGAUGUAACUUGA